AUGGUGAGGUUGCCUGUUCCUGGCCCAACUUCCAAGACUGUGUCAGUCCGCUUGACACCCGCCUUGGCGACAAUUGCGUUGACCACCAUAGGGUUACGCAGAAUAUGCUGGCCAUGGACCUUCUUGAAGUCGAUGCCUCGAUGUCCAAGGACAGAUUUUGAGCUGUUCUCUUUUCGGCGUCGCUUGACUAUUCUUCCCAUUAUUGCUUCUCGGACGACUCGCCUGCCGGAUUCCUACACGGGAUUACGCCUCUCACAGGCUCUCUCUUUGGCUGCAACUGCAGGCAAAGUAGGAAACAGAAACAACCGUUGUCGAAGCUACGCCCUUGUAUUGCACGCCACCGCCGUCGGGGCUUCAGAGGUUUGGUGCCGAAGUGGUGCUGUUUAG